AUGCAUGACAGCAAGGAAGAUUGCGAUGUGGAAGUGCUGGCGGCCAACCGAGCGAGUCUGCGAGCCCAACAAGCCCGUUACACUGGCUGGCUGGCUGGUCGGGCCGGCUCCGUCUCCUGUGUCUGUCCUGAGUCCCUCGCUCGACGUGCAGCCCCUCUCCCAUGCUCUCACCUGACACCUGACCACCCGCGCACUCUUGACACCCUCACCCUCACCCCGACCCUCGUACCCUCGCUCACCCUCACUCUGCCAGCCCAAGCAGCAGUCAGCUUGCUCGUCAACACAACGCAACGUUUACGAGUCUCCACGCAACUUCCUCGACUACCAGAUCGCACUGCCCCCUCCCAGAUCCGCUCUGAUAUCGGUUCGACCCUGCCCACAUCGCUCUCAUCCGGCAUUGCCCUCUCUCGUCUUCACUCGAAGGCACCUCCGCCUCGCCUGGCUCCAGCUUUGCAACCUGCUGCCAGCGAGUUCAACACCCGUGACGCGACGGCGAGGGGGACUGGAUCAGGCGUCGCGGGCAUCGCUAAACAAACAGGAGCGCUGGAUCUCGGGCCCGCAGGGACUCGCUCAUCGCUCGAGGCUGGUACACACCAGGUGUUUGAGCGACGGCCAUCCAACACCUCUGUUCAUUCCAUGCACUCCACGGGCACCAACCACUCGUCUUCCACCCAGCAGCUGCGUGACAGAGAGCUCGCCCAGUCGCCAGCGUCGGUGUCCUCAUCCGGCACCCUCCCGUGGAUGACCCCACGAGAAGCCUUCAAUCAAAGUCCACAGUUUGCAACAUCGUCUCUACCAGCCCUUCCAACCGUCCCCGGAUCAGUCCAGGCUCAUCCGACUCAACCGGGUCCUCCGGGGGGCAUGGCGCGGCCAUCAUCUCACACUCAACUUCCUCGCAUCGCACGACCGCCGUCAAUAGACGGGGUCAAUGACAUGUCCAGCCCACGAAGUGCGCCUUCCAGUGCCAGCCCCUUAUCGCAGAACGCCCAACACGGACCCCCGUUCAUGCAACCACCACCUCGCUCGACUUCUUCGCCAGACCCGCGGUUAGGCCCUGACGGACCAGGCUCAUCGAGGAGCUCGCCGGUCACAUCGCCCCGGCCAGCCGCAUCGAUUCCGCCAUAUGCGCACAUGCCUGCGACUGGAGCAGGAGCCGGAGCACAGACCAACUUCGCGGUCCCUCCGCCAAGAGUGUCAUCGUUCACCAACGCCGCUGCCCUUACUACUGGUAGCGGAGGCAGUGAUGGUGGCAUCACUCCACGCAGGAGCGAGACUCCCACGUCGACAACUUCAUCGCAUGCACCGCCCGGAUCUGCUGGGCAGGGGGCUGUACAGAACUACCAGCCCACGCAGCAACCAACUGCCCGCCGAUCUGGAUCCGUCACGUACUGUGCCAAGUGCGGCCUUGCCGUUCGAGGACAGUUCGACUGCGACAAGGUUGUUGCCCAGAAGUUCUUCCCUGUCGAGGACAACGAGGGCAGACAAUAUCCGUUGUGCGAGAGAGACUACUUUGCUCGUCUCGAUCUGAUCUGUGCGAAGUGUGACCAAGCGCUGAGGUCGUCGUAUAUUACCGCCUGCGGUGAGAAGUUCCACGUCGAGCACUUUACUUGCUCAGUGUGUGACACGGUCUUUGGCGCCAGCGAUUCUUAUUAUGAGCAUGACGGUAAAGUUUACUGUCAUUAUCACUACUCAAUCAGCUUCGCCAAUAAGUGCGUCGGAUGUGAGACUGCUAUCUUAAAGCAGUUCGUGGAGAUCAACCGCAAUGGCCGAGACGAGUGCUGGCACCCCGAGUGCUACAUGAUCCACAAGUUCUGGAACGUCCGUCUCGCCUCGCGCAACUUCACGACACCCGCUUCCGCAACUCCCGCGUCGUCGAGCCUGUCACUGCUAGAGAUGAGCUCCAUGCCUGGGGCAAUGCCCGGCAUGUCUCCUCAAUCCUCGUUGUCUGCGAACGCCAGUCCAGGUUGGGAUGCUGAGAUGUCCGCGAAAGACCUCAAGGAGCGCCAGAUUGCGAUGGAGCUCAAGGUGUCCCAAAUCUGGCUCGUGCUCUCCGGCUUUGAGGAGAGCUCAGCAGCCUGCAUCGGUGACAUGCUCCGAGUUGUCAACGAACGUAAACUCCUCGACGUGAUCCUACUGGCGGAGAAGUUCAUCUUGCACGUUGAGACGCUGUUUGCGGUUAUCGACGACCUGGAGGCCCAGUUCGCGCUUGCUGGCGUCAAAGGAAUGUCUCAUGCGAGGGAGGCGAAGCAGCUUUGCCGCAAGCUCGUCAACUUCUUCUCGAUGCUGUCUCAGAUCUCCCCGCACGCCAACACGAUCCCCAACAUGCAGGAGUUGUUGACGCAGGUGACGCAACUCGCUCACUACCUCAAGAUCCUCAUCCGCAUUGCUUUGACCGGUGCCAUCAAGCUCGAUAGAGAACAGAACAAUCCCAAGGCCAUGACCAACGCUCUGGCUCGUCUACACCUGUUGUCGCUUGACAAUGCCGAGCCGUCGCUCCGAAAGCGUGGUGAUCACCCCAACCCCACGCCGCCAAGCGAUGAAUGGAAUGGGAACGAAACGGCGGAGGAGAUGGCGAAGCGCAGCUAUGACCUGCUGAGCAGACACCCUGAAGGCUUCAUCCCCAGCACGAAGGAGAUUGCGUACGGUUACCGAAGUCUGGCGUCGGAGGUCACCGGUGAGACAACCAUCCGGGGACCGCAAAACGAUACCUUUGUGCCGAACGAUGGCUGCAUCACUUGUAACGGCGCCAUCGAGGACGAUUGUGUGCGUCUCGGCAUGUUCAAUCGCUGGCACUCGAUGUGUGUCGAGUGUGGAAAGUGUCACGACAAGGCGGGCAUCCACCACGACCAGGAGAGUGCUUCGGACCGAACGGCUGAACUUGGAUCCGAAGGUACGCACGACUACAUGGUGAAGGCUCCUGCCCGAAGGUUGCCACCCAGAGUCGACGACUUCUGCUUCGAGCCCCCCAAGACUCAGUACGGACCCACCGACAUCAUUUGGUGUGUGACUCAUCGCACCGCCACCGCCGAGACUGGCUUCCAGUCUGUGUCUCGUCUGGAGCAAUUCGCAUUCCUCCUCCACGUUGCCCUGCGCCGUCUGUACCUCCAUUUCCGCGAGCACCACAAGAUUCCCAGCGCUUUGACGCGCAGCGAUGCGAGCACCGAUGUCAAGCGUGUCAAGUCGGUGACGCUGGAUCGCAAGUUGUCCUCCACUGCCCGACUGCCGCAGCGCUCAACUGUGGUGGAAAGCCCAGCAGGCAAAAUGGCGGACGAGAACGGCCAAGUUGUGCCUGCGCGGUCACCGUCUGGAUCAGUGCCACCCCCAACGAUUGAGGAGGGCGGCAGUACUGAGAGUGGCGUUGAUGUCCUCCGGCCUGCGUUUGCACGCAACAACACUCAGAUUAGGAUUGUCAAGGACGAGCCACCCACGCAAGAGUCUCAGAACACUGAGCUCAGCAACAUGAUGCUGGCUGUGCCUCAGGCCCAUGGCAAGGAAGACGACGCAAUUACUCUCAGCGAUAUUCCGACGCUGCUCGCGAACCAGCAGAACCAGCCUCGAUCGGCUUUGAACAGUGUUCCUCUGUUUUCUCAGUUGACGCCGCUCGACGCCAGCAUUGUCCGACACUUUGCGCUCAUCAAUCUGACCAAGACUGGUCUCGGACACUUAAUCGACGUCGAUGACAUUCUUGAGCUGCUGGACACGCGUAAGAAUCAGUGGUGGAACAAGAUUUUCAAGAACAAUGGCAAGAAGGAUCAAAAGAAGAAGGGAAUUUUCGGAGUUCCGAUUGAAGUGCUUGUCCACCGUACCGGAUCCGACUCGCAGCAGGGUUCCAACCCGACGACGACGCUUCGUGUGCCAGAAUUCAUCGAGGACAUUGUGUCGACGAUGCGUCAGCAGGACAUGGCGGUCGAGGGAAUCUUCCGAAAGAACGGCAACAUUCGUCGCCUGCAGGAUAUUUCCGACCAGCUCGACAAAGACUCGUCCAUUGUUACGUUGUCCGAGGAGAACCCCGUCCAGCUUGCUGCGCUGCUGAAGCGCUUCCUCCGAGAGAUGCCGGAACCGCUCCUGACGUUCAGGCUGCACAAGCUGUUCUGUGCGGCCGCCACUCUGCCGAAUCCGGAGGACCGAAAGCGAUGCCUGCACCUGCUCGUGCUUCUGCUUCCUCGAGCUAACCGUGACACCCUUGAGGUUCUUUUCGUCUUCCUCCGCUGGGUUGCCUCGUUCUCGUACCGCGACGAGGAGACUGGAUCGCGCAUGGACAUUGCCAAUCUCGCCACCGUCAUCACACCAAGCAUCUUGUACGCUAAGAGCGGCAACCCUGCCCGUGAAGACAGCAUGGUCGCCAUCAACGCGGUGCAGCAGCUGCUGGAGAACCAGGACGACAUUUACCACGUCCCUCUCGAGCUCAUGUUCGUCCGACACGACAAGGUCGCGCAGAUCUUUGCCAACUACAGCGACUACCUACCGCCGAAGGAAAUGCACAAGCAUCUGCAGAACUACCUGCAGCGCCGCUACCCGCAGGGCAACCAGUCCGGCCAGCACCAGCGCCAGCCGCCUCCGCCCGGCGGUGGCCCGCACAUGGCCCGUGCCGAUUCGAACCAGAACCAGCCGAACCGUCCCGCCGACCUGCGCCUGUCGUCGCUGCCCCCGCCGCACCCAACUGAAGGCAGUGCGUCGGGCAGCCUCCGCGCUCCGCAGAGCAACAACAACUCGCGCCCGACAAGCUGGGGCGCUGUCGCUCCCCCGCCCGGCCCAGGAACGCCGGGCAGCUCUGGUCUGCCGCCCGUUCUUAACGGGAACGCGGCGCAGGGGCAGCCCUUCGGCCCACCAGGGGGCCAGCAGCAGCAGCCGGCCAUGUCGAUGCCGAUGCCGGCGCCGCAGUUCCGCGGCGGCCCCUUCCAGGGCGCAGAGCGCAACGGCUCCCGCCAGAGCUCGCGGGGCAGCGCGCCGAGCUCCCCCGGCCUGCCCGAGGCGGACCGGCGGUCGUUCCAGAUGGAGCGCGACCGCUCGCGCGAGCGCGCCUGGACGCCGAGCGAGCAGCACUCGCAGGGACACGCCCAGGGACAUCCGCAAAUGUCGCAGCAGUCGCACCAGAUGUCCCAGCAGGGCCACGGGAUGAGCCAGCAGUCGCACCAGAUGUCGCAGAUGUCGCAGGCGCACGGCCGGUAA